AUGCGACACAUCCACACGGAGACAUCCCUGCCCCCCGAGCACAACACAGGCCCCAGCCUACCCCAGCCCAGUGGAGAGGCGUCCUUGGAGCCUCCUCCACAGCACUGCGCCCACCGCAGCAUCCUCAUGGGCUACAACGAGACGGAGAUGGAGCGCCAGAAGGUUUACCAGGUCUCCAUCUUCUCCCAUCUCUCCAGCUCCUCUGAGAGCAUGGAGCAGCGGGCGGGCAGCCGGCCAGCUGUCAAGAGGGGCUACCCCGAGCAGCGAACUUCAGAAGGUGGGCGAGAUGCCAAACGAACUCACUGGGGUGCUGGGGGGAUGGACAGCAAGCAUGACGGGAGCCCUGGGCAGGCUCCCCUGGAUGAUGACGAUACCUUCAAGGAUGGUCUGCUGGUGGAGGAGUUAUCCCUGUCUGGCUCCGCCCAGCACUUCUCCCACAGCGGGCUGCGGGUGGUGGAGCACCAGUGUGAAGGCAGCCCUAGCCACAGCUCCAGUGCCAGCAGAGAGGACAAGCUGCAAGAUGUCUCCUCCUGCCCCCAGAACAUUGCUUGCAGUACUUUGCACAUGAGAGACGGUUGUCCUGUCUCAUCAGGGGAUCAACCCAGAGACUAUGGAGAGAAUGGGGAACAGGCAAUUGGCCACAACUUACUUCACCUUGGUUUGCACAGUAUUGCACAAACAGGCCGGUUGGACUCUGGUGGGAAGAGAGAGAAGCCAGGGAGCAGCCCAGCUCACAGCAGCAGGGAUAGCGGAGAAGAGGAAUGGCCAGCGGUGGCCAAUGAGUUCAAGGAGCCCCCGGCUCCGCAGACAGCACUCAGCCCUGGGCCCAGCAACCUGAGCUCCCUGGAGAAGACGUGCUAUGGGAGCAGCCGGCUCAGCAGCAGUGGCUGCACAACCAAAAGGAAGCUGCUGCCUGCUGGCGAGACUGUGGCCGCCUCUUGCUCUCAGGAUGAGAGCCUGCACGUGUCACAGGCAAGGAAGAAGCGGAUCCUGACAUGCCACGAGGUGCCCACAGCCUGCCGCAGCACUGAUGCCAAGGGGGCCCCUUUCUGGAAUCACCUGCUUCCUGCAGUCAAGAGCUCUGUGGUUGGGAGCAGGCUGAAGGACACGCUGCUGCGCCUCAAACUGCAACAUUUCAAGAGGAGCCUCCAGAGGGGUUCCAGGUCCUCCACAGCACGCUGUGCCACCACGACCAUCAGCCGUGCUCUGCUGGGCAGCUUUGAGGAAUCCAUCCUGAAAGGGCGCUUUCCACCGUCGGGGAGGAUUGAGGGGUUCACAGCUGAGAUCGGUGCCAGUGGCUCCUACUGCCCCCAGCAUGUCACCCUGCCUGUUGACGUCACCUACUUUGACAUCUCAGAACACAAUGUGCCCUCCCCUUUCCUGGGAGUGAUUGACUUGGAGGCCUUGGGAAAGAAGGGUUACAGUGUCCCCAAAGCUGGAACCAUCCAAGUGACCUUAUUUAACCCCAACAAGACUGUGGUGAAGAUGUUCUUGGUGACGUACAACUUCGAGGAUAUGCCAGCCAACCACAUGACCUUCCUACGCCACCGCAUCUUCCUGGUGCCUGUGAGGGAGGAGGAAGGGGCCAGCCCACCCCGCAGGGUACUCUGCUACCUGAUGCACCUGAGGUUUCACAGCUCCAAGUCAGGGAAGAUCUACCUUCACAACGACAUCCGGCUGAUUUUCUCCCGCAAGUCAAUCGAAGUCGACUCGAGGAUCCCCUACGAACUGAAAUCCUUCACGGAGAUGCCGAGGAACCCCUGGUACUCACCCCGGCCCUGA